AAUUUAAGAAACACGGAGCGAGGUAGUAUAUGAUUGCUAAUAUAAAGUCAAUACCUACCUAUGUACAUGAUCUGUGCAAGCUACAUGUCCGAGUUUUGUUGCUGAUAAAUACAGAUAACAAAUAAAACAUUUAGUUAGAGUGAAAGUUGAAGGUGUAAUGGAUGAAUCAAAAAAAGACGAUGUAAUAUCAAAGUUAGUGCAGGAAAUAGGAAAGAAAGGGGAGGAAAUCCCACAAAAAUACAUGAUUAAAAAUGAUGUAAUUUCUCCAGCCAUUGAUGCCUCUACCAAUCUAUGGGAAGAAACUUUGUUGAUCGAUUUCGAUCUUAUUUCCACUGGUUCUUCAUCUGCUCAUCAAGAUGAACUUUCAAAGCUUCAUUCUGCUUUCAAAAAUUGGGGUUGUUUCCAGGUUAUAAACCAUGGGAUGACAAGUUUAUUUCUGGACGAGUUGAUUGACGUUUCAAGGCAGUUUUUUGCACUUCCUUUAGAGGAAAAACUAAUGUACUCGGUUAUGGAAGAUGUUUACAAUGAUAGACUCUUUCUUACAGUUUAUCCCGAGGAUCAACGCAAGCUCCAAUUUUGCCCUCAGAAGCCGCAAAAAUUCAGUGAAAUUCUUCAUGAAUUUUUACUAAAUUUGAGAAUGAUGUUUGAAGUCAUCCUUAAAGCCAUGGCGCGAUCUCUGGAAUUAAGAGAGGACUGCUUCUUAAAAGAUCAUGGUGAACGUGGACUCUUGGAGACAAGAUUUGCAUUCUAUCCACCUUGUUCGCGGCCUGAUAAAGUUUAUGGUGUUCGUCCACACUCAGACAGAUCCUUUGUUUCAAUGGUUUUGCCAGACAAAAAUGUGCCGGAGAGUCUGCAUAUCCUGAAAGAUGAUAAGUGGUUCUAUGUUCCAGUCAUCCCCGGAGCUCUAGUAGUUGUUCUUGGUGAUCUUGCAGAGGCUAUGAGUAAUGGUGUAUUCAAGAGUGUAAUACACAGGGUGAUGACUAAUUUGGAAAGAGAGAGGCAUUCAGUGUCUGCAUUUUAUACUCCAGAACCCGAAGAUGAUGUGGGGCCGAUUAAUGAAUUGAUUAGUGUUAAUCAACCAGAAUUGUAUAAGAAGCUGAGCAUGAAAAUUUACGACCAACUCUUCCUUGAGACUUUUUCUCAGGACAUAAGGGUGCUUGAUGCUCUCAUAAUUAAGCACUAGCAUCAACUUUAGCAUCAUAUCUUACGAGCUGUUUUUCAAUAAAUUUAAUAAGUUUCAACUCCUCGAGUGUAUUUAGUAUUGUGCUUAAUGAACAUCAGAGACCUGGUAGAUUUCUCGAGGUUUCUAAUGAGCCACAUUAGUUUAUUUUAUUAUCGUAAAAAAAAAAAUGCCGUAUGGCUAGUGUCGCUAGAGCUAUCAAAAGUUAACCCGAUUCGAAAUACUGACUCAAACCCGAUUAUUAACCGACCCAUCUGAACCCGAAACAAUGAUGACCCAAAUCCGACCUGAAACAAACCCUAGACCCGAGUUGACCCUAGUAUGUGAGACCCGAACAUGAACUAACCUGGAGAUGACCUGACUCGAAUGUAACCCGUAAAUUAUAGACCUGAACCGAACCCGUCUUGAACCGAAAUUGACCCAAACCUGUUUUAACCCGUCAAAACACGAAUUUAACCCGACCUGAAUUUAACCCAACUUGUUCCUAACCCGAACCGAGGUUUAACCCAACCUGUUACAAACCUAACCUGAAAUCAACCC